AUGUGCCCCUCCGUCCGCGGCGGCACUCCCUGCGCCAGCGGCGACGCGUGCCCCUUCUCUCACCACGCGUUCGAGUCGUGGCUGCACCCGGACCGCUACCGCACCAAAAUCUGCUCCGACGGGGCCGCCUGCCGGCGCAAGAUUUGCUUCUUUGCACACAGCAACGAGCAGCUGCGGGUGGCGCCAGGCGCGCGAAACUCCACCUCAAGCACGACCACCGCUGUGGGCGCCCCCGAUGCCAGCGGCGACGGCACGGGAGCGGGCGGCGGCGGCGGCGCUGGCGGUGCUGGCGGCAGCGGCGCUGCGCCGCCGCAGGCCACUGCGGGCCGCCAACAGCAACAACAGCAGCAACAGCAGCAACAGCAGCAGCAGCAGCAGCAGCAGCAGCAGCAGCAGCAGCACUCGACGGCGCCGCGCGGGCCGCCACAAUGGCCGGGCCCCGAGCGCGGUGCGGCCGCGAGCCCCGCGCCGCUUGCGUUCUGGGGCGCGGGCGCCGCGGGGCCUGCGCUGCCGCCGGGCGGCGGCCCUCAGGCCGGCCUCCAUGCGGCGGGCCCUGCUUCGGCGGCGGCGGCGGCGGCCGCGGCAGCUGGGGGCCCUCAGGCGGGGUCCCGGGGCGCCAGCGGCUUGCCUCCGCAGCCAUACCCGCCGCCAAGCGACCACCAACCUGCAGCCGCCGCCGCGGCCGCUGCCGCGGCGGCGGUCGCCGCGUGGGCGGCGGCCACGUCCGGCGCGCCCGCGCAGUGGGACGGGCUUCCGGCCGCCGCCUGCCCGCUGCCAUCAGUAGCAGACUCGCAUUGGGGCCCGGCGGCUGGCCCCGCGUCGUUGGCGCUGCAGCAGGCGGCGUCCGCCCAUCAGGCCGCGUUCCAACAUGCUGCCGCCGCUCAGCACGCUGCGGCGCAGCACGCCGCGGCGGCGCAGCACGCGCGGCACGCCGCCGCCGUGGCGCACCAUGCGGCGGCGGCGGCUGCCGCGCAGCAGCAGCACCAGCAGCAUCUGCAGCAGCAGCAACAGCACCUGCAGUCGCCGCCAGCUGGCGCCGGUGACCUCCUGGCGUUCCUGCUCCAAUCCCAGAGCGGCAGCUUCGCGGCGGCUUCCGCUGCGUUUGGGGGGCAGCUGGGUGGCGGCGGCGGUGGCGGCGGCAGCGCGCUAGCUUUCCCCGAGGAUGGCCCCGCGGCCCCCGGUGGCGGCCGGCAAGCAGUGGCGUCGCCGCCGGCGUCGAUGCCGCUGAUGCUGCAUCAUUACCAGCAGCAACAGCAGCAGGAGCAGGAGCAGCACCAUCAACUGCUGAUGCGCGCCCUGUCCGGUGGUUCCGCGGUGUCCACCAACAGCGGGAAUGCAUCCGGCCCCCUAAGCCGGGACGGCGCGCCGCGCCCGGCGCUGUCGCUGCUAUCUGCGCUAGCGCCGACGCAGCCGCACCAGCAGCAGCACCAGCAGCAGCACCAGCAGCAGCAGCAGCAGCAGCAGCCGUGGCCACCUGCCGCUCCGUCACCCGCGCCGCACCCGUGGCCGGUGCCCGCGCCCGCGCCCGCGCCGUCGCCUGCGCCUGCGCCGCAGCAGGCGGGCGCCGGCGGCGCAUGGCCCGGCGCGGGCGACGUGGCGGCGGCAGGCGGCGACGGGUGGGCGGGGACGGUUGGCACGUGGGGGGCGCUCUCUGGCGAGGAUGCGGGGGGCGGCAGCAACCUCUGGGCGCCCGGAGCUGGCCAGCCGGGGGGCGCCUGGAACGGUUGGAGUUGA